CGGAAAGCUUUCCUGUUACGGAUAUACAAGCUAUGUACGGAGGUCGCGCUCAGUUCGCUCUUCAAAGACUGUGUUCUGCUUAAAUGCAAUUACUUUGGCCGAGAGAAGUACUGAAAAUGGGAGAUAUUGAGAAGGGUAAGAAGAUCUUUGUCCAGAAAUGUUCCCAGUGCCAUACAGUUGAAAAGGGAGGCAAGCACAAGACUGGACCCAACUUGAAUGGUCUGUUUGGACGCAAGACUGGCCAAGCUGAGGGCUUCUCUUACACGGAUGCUAAUAAGAACAAAGGUAUCACCUGGGGUGAGGAUACUCUGAUGGAGUAUUUGGAAAAUCCAAAGAAGUAUAUCCCAGGAACAAAGAUGAUCUUUGCGGGUAUUAAGAAGAAGUCUGAGAGAGUAGACUUGAUAGCAUACCUCAAAGAUGCCACUUCAAAGUAAAAGUUACCUGCUGCCUUAUUUAUUUCACAAAGGAGAAGGCAAUGGAAAUGUGUGUGAUAAGAUUGGUUUUUAAACUUUCUAUUUUUACAUGUACUGUGUCUAACCUUAAUCUGUCUUGCCUGUCAGGUAACACUGCUCAUGAUGGGUCACUUGAGUACACACUUGUUUGGCAGCCAUUAACUGAAUGGAAACUGUGUAACUGGGUUGAUUAAAAUGGCUAUAAUGUUCAGUCAUUCUUCAUCAUAGAAUUAAAAAACAAUAAAUAAACAUUUCCUGCCUCUUCAUUGUUUAAAAUAGAUUUCUAAAUAAUCAAAUGAAUAGUUGUCAAUAGCGUAAUAGCUUUGACAGCCCAAGCCUUUCAAAUUAAUAAACAGGGUGGCUUUUGGCCUCUUCCACUGUACAUUUUCUGUUAAAAUUCUGCUAAAGAUUUUGAAAAAAAAAAACAAAACAACCCCAAGAUAAUAUUUUUCUAAAUUGAAUCAGUUCUAGAUGUUGUGAUGUAUAUUAAUCCAUCUAAAGCUUCCGACAAGAAUGCAUUUCAUCUGACUUAAGUACUAUUUGUGAAAUGGCAGUUGUGCCCAGGCACUUCUCUUUUAUCUAGGGGAAGCAUGUUACUUUGUCCAGACCCUGACAGCUGCAUGCACCAGUGGAGUAUAACUAACUCUUAACUCCCCUUAAACAUCUUAAGUUUUGGAACAUUAUUGAAACCCUUACUGAAUCUUCUUAAUUCAGCAGAAGCUUUCCCUUAAAAUCUGCUGUUACAGGCAAUAUCAGGUAAAGUGGACAUAGGAAUGAAUUGGUAGGCCAAAAGGAAAGAGUCUUCCUCUGUGCCUGGCUGUAGCCUGUGUCAUUAGUGCUGAAGGUUCUGUUUCGCACAAUGUAAAGCAGAUUUUUUUGUGUUUUAACUGCAUUUUUUCAUACUAAGUAAACUAUUUGGAUGAAUGUAUUUACUAUGUACCAACAGUGAGGCAUCACUUGGAGCAAUCAAUACUAUAAAUUAAAAAAAAUUGAAGUCGU